AUCCACAUCACUGAGCAGAAACUGAAGAAGCGCAGCUGAAGCCGACAGAGCACUGGAAUAAUAAUAAACCAGAGAACUCUCUUCUGAUCUCCUUCCUUCUCUGUCAAUGAAAAUGAGCAGCCGACGGCGACGAUGCAAGCGACAGCUGAUCAAGUUCACUCAGCACAUUACUCGAUUCAUCACAGGAACUCUGAGCUCAGAUAAUGAGGACGAAGAACAAGAGAGCAUGACCGAGCGCUAUCACCCGGAAAAUCUGGAGCAGCUGCAGUCGCAGACCCACUUCUCCAGACAAGAGCUGCAGUUACUCUUCAGAGGAUUCAAGAACGACUGUCCGAGUGGAGUCGUGAAUGAGGACACUUUCAAAAACAUCUACGCCUUGUUCUUCCCACUGGGAGAUUCAUCAAAGUAUGCUCAGUUUCUUUUCAAUGCAUUUGAUAAAGAUAAGAACGGCUCUCUUAGUUUUGAGGAGUUAGUCUGUGAUCUCUCUGUUUUGUUGAGAGGCACUACUGAAGAGAAGCUGAACUGGGCUUUCAAUCUAUACGACAUCAACAGCGACGGACAGAUCACUAAAGAGGAGAUGUUGGAUAUAUUGAAGUCUAUUUAUGAUCUGAUGGGGAAAUCUGUCCAUCCUCGACUGAAAGAGGAGGCAGUGAGGCAACACGUCAGAAUGUUCUUCCAAAAAAUGGACAUAAAUCAGGAUGGUGUAGUAACUAUUGAGGAAUUCAUGGACUGCUGCCAAAAAGAUGAGGAUAUAAUGCAGUCUCUUAAGAUUUUUGACAAUGCUGUUUAGUCAGCACUUAUUCUCACCGGACACCUCUGGACUGUCCAGACCUGUGUUUGUGGACUGACUGCUGAAUGUAGAACCCUGAUAGACAUUUGGAGACAUUGUGUGAUGCAACUGUGAAUCCAGUGUUAAAGUGGUACAGUAACAUCUUUUUUUAUUUUAUUUUUUUAUCAUGCAUGGUGCAAAAGUGUUCUUUUAAUUCAUAAUGUAUUCAUUCAACACUGUCCAACAACCAGCAUUUAUUUAUUUAUUUAUUGACAUUUAAAAAAAAGUUAAAAUAAAUAUUAUUUAUGUAUUUAUUUCAAAAGCUGCUGGAAGAAAGAAUCUAGUUUGUAUUUCACCAUUUAAUGCAUCGACCUAAUAAUGUUGCUUAUACUGAAUAUCAGAAAAAUGAUAAAAUUGCAUGAUGCACAGAUGCUUUUCCUCUAAAGCUGCUCUAAUCAUGAACAAAGAUGAUGAAGUUUUGCUUCUUUUCACAACUCCCAAAUAUAAUUUGUGGUGCUAAUUUCUGUUCUCUAAAUACAUACUUUCUUUGAUUCAUUAAAUCCUCAGUGUCUUUUCCUAAACUCUAGAUUAGGAUUUACAGUAUGCUUGAACAACUGAUAUAAUACUAGGUCAGUAAUGAGCAUUAAUGAAUGCUAAUAAGUAAUUAUACAUAUAUAUGAUUAACAAAUCUGUUUUAAUGUCAAGAAGGUAAUUUUAUGUGUGACUAUCAAUAUUUGAAUGAUGUAACUCUUGUCAAUUAUAGCGGUCAUUUGUAAGUUUGUAAGUAUUUUUAAUGCAGUUUAUUAUUGUUUAUUGUAAGUGUCAUAAUAAAAUAAUAGAUGCCAUCAGCCUUGAUUUAAGCAAAUGUUUAUCAUUUCUGUCAGAAACACAAUUUCUUCUUUAAAUUCAGCUCAGUUUUAGAAAGAUUCAGGGGAUAAAGUCAGACUACAAACCAGUUACUGUAUGAUAUCAAACUUAUAUUCCAACAAUAAGAAACAAGUAUUAAACACAGUAAAAUUCUGAAAUAUUUUUACAAUCGAAAACAUCUGUUUUCUGUGUCAAUCUCUGUUAAAGUGUAAUUUAUUUCUGUGAUGCACAGCUAUAUUUUCAGCAUCAUUUGCUGCUUAUUGAUAGUAAUUAAGUUAGUUGUUGUAGUAGUUAUAUGUAGGUAUGGUGGAUCUGUGGUCAUGUAUUAAUAUGUGCUUUAACAGUAUUAAUAAACAGUCGAUAUGCAUGCUAUAAACAAUGAGUUAACAGCAAAUAGUGUUCACUAAUCUAGAGAUUCACUUACAAACUCCAGUAUAUACAGAACGGGUUGUUUUGGCAGAUGGAAAAAGUGUUUUGUUUUGGAGUUAGGAUGAAUUUUGAACACAAUCAACACUAAUAUAUCAAAAGAUCAAAAGAAAAUGUGUUUAUUGCAGAUCAAUGCAUAAGAGGACCGGUGUACAGAAAACUCCUAGUGUUUUUAUUUGUACUCGUUCUUAUAUAUUUCUGAACUUUGCUACUUCUGUUCUUCUCUCCUCUUGUCAUUU